GGUUUUUAGAGUAGCAAAUUAAAGAUUAAAUACACUAGCGAAUCUUUCCAUUUUGCUAACUUCACAAGAGUAAUUAACCCUUUAGAACAUUGACAAUUGUGUUGGAAUCUUUAUUCACAUGAAAUCGACAGAAGAAUUUCAGGAUCAAUAUACUGCCAAGAUUCAGAUAAAGCAAAGUAUAUUACACAGUUUGCUAUGUGUCGUUGUGUAAUAGAUCAGAUAAAAACAUUUAAUUUCGGAUGUUCUCAUGGACAGCUCAAAGUCAGAAUGACCAAUCAGCGCAUUGUGAUAAAUGCUAGUGGUCUACGCUUUGAAACUCAUACUGACACUUUAAAUCGCUUUCCCAAUACAUUACUUGGAUGCCCGUUCCGUAGGAGCCGUUAUUAUGAUUCUCUUAGAAAUGAAUAUUUUUUCGACCGCAAUCGUCCAAGUUUUGAUGCAAUACUAUAUUUCUAUCAAAGUGGUGGAAGACUUAGGAGACCUGUAAAUGUACCAAUCGAUGUUUUCACAGAAGAAAUAAAAUUCUACGACCUUGGGGAGGAAAUUUUCGAACGCUAUCGUGAAGAUGAAGGAUUUACUAAAGAGGAUAUUCAAAUCCUACCUAAAAAUAAAUUCCAAAGAAAAGUUUGGUUACUUUUUGAAUAUCCUGAGAGUUCAACUACAGCAAGAUGUAUAGCUAUUGUUUCAUUACUGGUUAUUCUUAUUUCAAUUAUUAUAUUUUGUGUUGAAACAUUACCACACUUCAGACACUAUGAACUUCAAUUUAUUGAAGAUUCUAAUGAAUUACCAAUAAUUUCUGCUGUUGAUACUCCUCAAGUUACAGGAACACUCUUUAUUCUUGAAUCCAUAUGUGUUGUAUGGUAUACUUUUGAAUUAUUAAUACGUUUUGCAGCAUGUCCGCAAAAGUUGGCAUUCUUCAAGCAAGUAAUGAAUCUUAUCGAUGUAGUAUCAAUUAUUCCAUAUGCUAUUUCAUUAGGAGCACUUUUAGCUGAGGCUAACAAAGGCCAAAAUCAAGCUAUGUCAUUGGCAAUUUUGAGAGUGAUCCGAUUAGUGAGAGUUUUCCGUAUAUUUAAAUUGUCCCGUCAUUCUAAAGGACUUCAGGUUCUUGGGAGGACACUUAAAGCUAGCUUUCGAGAAUUAUGUUUACUAUGUUUUUUUUUAUUUGUUUGUGUAGUUCUAUUUUCCGCUGCAGUUUACUUUGCCGAAGUUGAUGCUAGCGAAGAACAAUUUCCAAGUAUUAUUGAUGCAUUUUGGUGGGCAGUAGUCACAAUGACUACAGUAGGAUAUGGUGAUAUGAGACCUGUAACAAUGUGGGGAAAAAUUGUUGGUUCAAUGUGUGCAAUUGCUGGUGUUCUAACGAUAGCACUUCCUGUACCUGUCAUUGUAUCAAACUUCAAUUAUUUUUAUCAUAGAGAGUCAGAAAGUGAAGAACUUACUACUUAUGUUCAUGUUUCAGAUGAUCAAAAAGGUUUGAACUAUCCUGAUGAUAAAACUUCAGGUCAUUUUAAUGAAGAAAUAUUUGAAGAUAGAAAUCAAGAAAAACUUAAAAAAAGAAAAACAGAAAUAAUUUUACGACAAUCUUUUUCAAAACAAUCUGGUCGUGAAAGAAUCUCUUCUGUAUUAAGUAAUACUGCAAAAAAUAUCGAAGUAGAACUUAAAGAAGAAUCCAGUUGUAUGGGAUCAUUAGGUGAAUUAGGCAGUUUAUGUAUGGAAGCAAGAAAUUCUCAGGUGAAUACAAGUCAAGCCUCUUUAUCAUAUAGACAUCAUCAUCAAGCAUUUCAAGAGGUUAUGCAACAGCAUGAUAUGCAAACACAACGGUUUAAAGAUCUUUAUCCUCAACAAUCCAUAGCAUCUAAUAAUAAACGAAUUUCACUUUUAACACAUUCAACAGGUUUUCCAGAAGAAUCGUGUUUGGAAAAAAUCUGAUUCAUCAAUACUUAUUAUGUAUAUUCAUCUACUUAUCAUAUCUCCUAUUAUUCAGAUUUACUACAUUUGGGA